AUGUCGAUGUCGGGGGCGGACUUCAACGGCGUGGGCGAGGACCCCAGGAUCUUCCGCAACAUCUGCCGCGACCGGAUACUCAAGGAUAUGCUGAAGCCGGACAAGGACAAGGAGAACAAGAGCGCGUGGAAGGUUCUUAUCAUGGAUAAAUUUACGGUGAGGAUCAUGGGUUAUGCUUGCAAGAUGGCAGAAAUCACCGAUGCAGGGGUUUCGUUGGUGGAAGAUUUGUUCAAGCGAAGGGAGCCGAUGCCUUCAAUGGAUGUGAUCUACUUUGUACAACCACUGAAAGAAAAUGUCAUAAUGCUUCUAUCCGACAUGUCUGGGAGAUGUCCACUGUACAGGAAGGCAUACAUCUUCUUCAGCUCACCAAUUCCCAAGGAGCUGGUGACUUACAUUAAGAACGACAGCAGUGUGAUACCACGCAUUGGUGCACUAAGAGAGAUGAAUUUGGAGUUUUUUGCUAUUGACAUGCAGGGGUUUGUAACUGACCAUGACAUGGCACUGACCGACUUAUAUGGUGCAAAUGACCAUAAUUCAAAAAAAUUCAACGACACCAUAAGCACUAUGGCUUGCCGCAUAGCUACCACAUUUGCAUCGUUGAAGGAAUUUCCUACCGUGCGGUAUCGAGCACCUAAAAGUGCAAACCCAUCAACAGCACCAAAAUUUGACAUGGUUCCAAAAUGGCUGGCUAACGCUACUUGGGAAAUCGUGUCAAAAUAUAAGUCCACAAUUCCAGAAUUUCCCCAGAAGGAGACAUGUGAAUUGCUUAUUCUGGACAGACCUAUAGAUCAGAUAGCACCUGUUAUUCAUGAAUGGACCUAUGAUGCAAUGUGCCAUGAUCUACUCGAAAUGGACGGCAACAAAUACAUAUAUGAGGUAUCAAAAGGGGAUUCAGAACCUGAAAAGAAGGAAGCUUUAUUGGAGGAUCAAGAUCCUCUCUGGAUAGAGCUUCGCCAUACUCACAUAGCUGAUGCCAGUGAGAGGUUGUAUGAGAAGAUGAAUACCUUUGUAUCAAAGAAUAAAGCAGCACAACUUCAUUCAAGAGAUGGUGGUGAAAUCUCAACCACAGAUCUGCAAAGGAUUGUUCAAGCUUUGCCACAGUACGGUGAGCAAGUUGAUAAAUUGACCCUCCACAUAGAUAUUGCAGGAAAAAUCAACAGGUGCAUCAGGGAGUACGGGCUCCGUGACCUUGGGCAGUUGGAGCAGGAUCUGGUUUUUGGAGAUGCAGGAGCAAAGGAGGUGAUCAAUAUGCUCAGGUCAAAGCAGAAUUUGAGUGAAGAAAACAAAUUGAGAUUGUUGAUUAUAUAUGCAAUUGUAUGUCCCGACAAGUUUGAAGGUGACAAAGGGGACAAGUUGAUGCAGCUAGCGAAACUUCCAUCAGAUGAUAUGAAGGCCAUAAACAGCUUAAGAUAUUUGGUUAGUUCAGAUGCAAAAAAGGAUGCACGGGCUAGCGGUUUCUCUCUCAAAUUUGAUGCCCAAAAGAAAAAAAAUACUGGUGUUCGGACAGAGCGGCAGGAUGGUGAGGAAGGCUGGGCGUUAUCACGUUUUUUCCCACUUAUAGAGGAGCUGGUCGAGAAACUGAGCAAAGGUGAAUUACCUCUAAACGAAUACCCAUCUUUAAGUGAAUCAAGUUCUACUUCUCAAGGGACCGCGGAAGGUGCAUCGGCGCCAAAACCAGCACAAAAUCCACAGCCCAUGUCCAGGAGAUCACGGCGCACACCACAGUGGGCUAAGGGUCGUAACUCUGAUGAUAGUCAAUCAAGCGACUCUUCCGUGUUGAGACAUGCAUCAGGUGAUUUCAAGAGGCUAGGGAACCGAAUAUUUGUCUUCAUGAUUGGUGGAGCAACCCGAUCUGAACUAAGGGUGGCGCACAAGCUAACCAUGAAGUUGAAGAGAGAAAUCGUCCUCGGGUCCUCUAGCAUCGAUAAUCCUCCACAGUUUAUUUCGAAGCUGAAGGCGCUAGGACCAUCCUAG